AAUGAAGAGGCGCAGUUCUUACCACUUCAUGGCAGCUCCUGCCACGAACGUACCACGCCGUCUCUUGCCAUGGUUAUUAGCAAACCGUGGCAAGUGUGUAUAUACCGCGGCGAUGGCAAAAAGUACUGCCGUUACCGCGGCAGCUUUGCCAUGGUUUCAGGGCAGCUUCGGAAAAUAUUUACCGGUAUGCCUUAUUACCAUGUAUGUUGCAGUAUCUGGGGUUUUUGUACUAUGGAUAAUGGCAGCUUUCAUUAUGCCUUGUAGAAGAGAUUGUAUGAAGCGAGGAACAAGUGCUUUGACCAGGAGUCACUAUCAUUGUCCCUCCUGUGAAAAAAUAUUUGGACGGAGAAAUUCUAUGAUUGACCACAGGAGGCUUACUAAGAAUUGUUUGGGUGUGAUUGAAAGUGAAGAAGUCAGGGAUAUGGACAUAGAUUCUAAAAACAAAAGUUCAGAAAGUCUAUGUGAAGGUACUUUCAAACUUUCAAUGCAUACCUUAACAAUCUAUUUUUCCGUUUACACUGAAAAAAUUCAAUAUUUUGCACCAUUGAAGAGGGUAAGACGAAGUGGUGUGUUUAUGGAGCAACAACCUGAAUGGAUCAAGCGCCCUUCCAGUAUUUGUCAUACACUGACUGAUAAUAUGGACUAUAUGAUGAAGUAUUUUUUAACAAAAAAAAGAAUUCCAGCUGAAAUACCUCAGCGUCUUUUGCGUGACAUUUCUCCUCCGCUUUUGCUGACUCCCUCUGAACAAAAAUGUCUUAAGUGCAACGAGGAUUUAUGCAUCAAGAAUAAAAAACGAACAGUAGCAUAUGGAAUGGGCCACAUUUGGAAAACAACUGAAUUAUUCAUCAAGGAAUGUGCUGAAUGUGGAAUGGAAGUUAGAUAUCAAGAAUAUGAAGAAGGUUUUCAUAAUUUUGACAAUAGUGUUUUAUUGAGUCUCAUGUGUUGUUAUUUACUGCGUGGACUGAAAAAUCAUAUCUCCAUCGAGAGCAAAUCUAAAAAUGUUGUUCAUCGAAAAACUAUUCCUUAUAAUAUAGAUUCAGGAAUGCGUUCUUGCAUUUUUUUGGCUCUCCAAGACUAUCAAUACGACUUUUGUUGCUUGAAAUGUGGAAUAUAUCCAACAGUGCUGAUAUGUGAUGGUAAUUGGAAAAACACGUGCAGGAAGACCAGGUAA